AUGCAAAAAGUGGCAGUUGAAUUUGGCAAAUUAGCGAAAUUAGUUGGUUGCUGGAGUGCGACGUAUCGGGGAUGUGCCACAAAACAAAGAAGUCAGCUAAUGGAUCCAUAUUCAAAAUUUAAGGAUCUUGCUUUGAUAACAGGAACAAAGAAGAUAUUGAUAACUGGUUCAUUAGGACAGCUCGGAUAUGGAUUAGCAACUACCUUACGUAAAAUAUAUGGUAACGAUAUGGUAAUUAUGACAGAUAUUGUGAAACCACGGGAGGAUGAGAAAUGUGAGCCAUUAUAUUAUCUGGAUAUCCUCAAUGAAUCGGCUAUCAAUCAAAUAGUUGUUAAUCACAACAUCGAUACGAUCAUCCAUUUUUCAGCAUUGCUAAGUGCUGUUGGCGAAACAAAUGUGCCUUUGGCGCUUAAAGUAAAUGCCGAAGGAAUGCAAAAUAUUUUAGAAGUUGCCAAAAAGCACAAAACACAAAUUUUUAUUCCAAGCAGUAUUGGCGCAUUCGGUCCAACAACACCUCUUGAUCAUACUCCUGAUCUCUGUAUCCAGAGACCACGUACAAUAUAUGGUGUCACUAAAGUGUAUGCGGAACUUCUUGGUGAAUAUUACAGUGAGCGUUUUGGUGUUGAUUUCCGUUCAUUACGUUUUCCAGGUAUCAUAAGUGCUACAAAGCCGGGUGGUGGUACAACUGAUUACGCCGUACAGAUAUUCUAUGAUGCACUGACUUGUGGGAAGCAUAUAUGUUAUUUGCGGUCGGAUUCACGAUUACCAAUGAUGUACUACACUGAUUGUAUUACUUCUAUCAUUUUAUAUCUGUCAACUCCAUCUGAAAAAUUGACGCAUCGAACGUAUAAUGUUACUGGCUAUUCAUUUACACCGGAAGAAAUUACCGCAGCAAUCCGUAAAGUGAUGCCGAAUUUCAAAAUUGAAUAUGAACUUUGUCCCACCAGACAAAAGAUCGCUGAUUCUUGGCCUAAAACUUUGGAUGAUACAAAUGCAAGAAAGGAUUGGAAUUGGCAGCCGAUGUAUGAUUUGGAAUCGACCGUUAAUAUAAUGUUUGAUUUAGUGAAAUGUCAGUUAAUUGCGGAAGGAAAAAGCACCAUUAUGUAA